AUGAUGAACAAUAUUGCUUCUCCUACACAGGGAAAACCCAGUAGGGGUGGCUGGAAUGCUGCUAUAUUCAUCAUCUUUGUUGAGGUGGCCCAGCAGUUUGCAUUCUAUGGGUUGGCAAGUAACCUCAUCAUGUACCUCACAAAUGUUCUGGACCAGCCCUUGGCCACGGCGGCUAAGAAUGUCAACACCUGGCUCGGUGUCUCACCCGUCUUCCCCGUGCUUCGAGCCUUCGUUGCAGAUUCGUAUUUGGGUCGCUUCACCACCAUCCUCUUCUCCAUCACCAUCUAUUUCAUGGGCAUGGUCCUUUUAACUCUCUCAGUCUCAGUAAUUCCUUCGCAAAGUUGCCGAGCGGUCUUCUUCGUGGCACUGUACAUUUUAUCGGUUGCCCAAGGCGGGCAAAAGCCUUGCGUGCAAACCUUUGCAGCAGACCAGUUCGAUGAGAACACGCCGGCGGAAAGAAAGGCUAAGAGCUCAUUUUCAACUGGUGGUACUUGGGUUUGGUGUUUGGUGCCACUUCUGCCACACUCGGAGUUGUAUAUCUCCAUGUAA